UCUCUCUGUUGAUCCGGACUUGUUCCCUUCGUGCAAACAACUGGACAAUAUAUGAAACCAAUCCACUGGCAACUCUUAAAAGGAUUAUCUUAUGUGAGUGUUUAUCUCCAUAGACCAGUAGUUGCCUGAAAACCUGCCCAGAGUGGACCCUUAUCAGAGCCAUGGCAGGAUCAAAAGACCAUGUAAUACUCUAUUCUCCCCCAGUCGGUGAGUUCCUGGAGGAGUUCAGGGAGCAAAUCAUCUCUCGGGUGCAGCAUGUUGGGCCGAUAGCAAAUGCUGUGAUUUCACAGCAGCUGGUCCAGGAGGAGGCAGCAUGGGAUGUGCAGACUGCUCCAACCCCCCAGGAGGCCCUAAAGAGACUGUUUAAGGCUUUGGAGACAGCACCCCCACAAAGCAGAGAGUCCUUUCUCAUGAUACUGAAGCUAUAUGAACCCAAACUCAUGGAGGAAUUGGAAAAUAGACACCAGAACAGCAAGAGCACUCAAACAGAUGUAACCCAGAGGUCUGUGGAGAAGAAAGAGGAGGGUGGAGCACGGCAAGAAGGUGACACCCAGUCUAAGAGAGAAUCCCUGAAACGCAGGAGACAGGAGACUAUGCAAGCCAUUGAGAAAAUAGAGAGACUCUGGGAAGGGACGAAAAGAGAGCAAGGAGACGUGGCCAGCAUGACAGAGAAGAUCCAGAAGCAUCAGGGAGAAAUUACUCAGCUUAUGGAGGAGAAACGGCAACACGAGAGAACUAUCGAGCAGCUGAGAGCUCAGCUACAACAAGCCAGAGAGAGAAUGGCACAGAGUGGGCAGGAUGCAGAUAGAGAGAGAGGGAGAAUUGAGCAGAUGAGGACUGACAUCCAGACAGAGAGAGAGAUGCUGGAGCACAGGCGUGAGGAGAUCUUUCAGGAGAGGCAGCAGCUGGAGCUGAUAAGAUAUGAGACACUUAGAGCAAAGGAAGAGACAGAGAGGAACCAACAGAUCACUAGACUGGAGAAAGAGAAGAUGGAGCAGAUGAAGAGCGACAUCCAAGGACAGAUUUACGAAAUAGAAAAGCAAAUUGAAGAGACAAAACAAGCAAAAGAAAGCAUGGAACGGAUGAAGGCUGAAGUACAAAGUGAGAGAGAUGAUCUAGGGAAAAGGAGGGAUGACAUACAGAAACAAAAAGAACAAUUUGAACAGAUCAAAAAUGAAAUAAACACAGUUAAGGAACAGAUGGAGAGUCGAUGGCAUGAGGCAGAGAAAGACAAACAGGAACAGCGAGUGCUCAUUCAACAGGAGAAAGAUGAACUACUGAACUUGCAGGCUGAGUUGCAAAUAGCAAAAGAGGAGUUUGAGAAGAACAAAGAGGAAACCAAUCUAGAGAGAGAGAGACUACACCAUCUGAAAACAGACUUACAUCUGGAAAAGGAUGUAAUUGAGAAAAGAAAAUCUGAGGUCUCCAGAAAAGAGAAGGAUUUGGAGAAGAUAAGAUGGAAAUUAGGAACAGCACAAGAAGAGCUAGAGAAAGAAAAGGAAGAAGUGAGUAAGGAGAGAGAGAAGCUAGACUGGACCAGAGCCGGCAUCCAGAAGAAAACAAAGACCAUAGAAAGGAGGAUAGAGGAGAAAAGGCAAGCAAGCAGAAAGCUGGAGCAGGUGAAGGCUGAGGUCCAGAGGGCCAAUAACACUCUGGAGAAACAGCGGGAUGAUGCCCUUAAGGCAAAAGAGGAGAUGGAGAAACGAAAGUAUGACACAAUGAAAGAGGAGAUUGAACAGCGAGCUGGGAUACAGAGAGAGAGAGAUGAAGUGGAGAGGAUGAAGGCAGAGUUACAGAAGGUAGGUGAGGUGGGCAGGAUAAAAGAGGAGAAGGAAAGACUACAGAUGAAACAGCAGAGUGAAGAAAUGCAACGGGAGAAGGAGACAACAGAGAGAAUGAAAGCUGAGAUAGAAACAGAAAAAGAAAACAUCACGAGAAGGAACACUGAGAUUCUGAGAGAGAGACAAGAGCUGGAGGCUAUGAGGUAUGAUAUACUGAAGGACAGGGAGGAGACAGAGCAGAGCCGGGAGAUUAUUAAAAGAGAAAAAGAACGAAUGGAGAAAAUGAAAGCUCACAUACAGCAUCAGAUUGAUGACAUAGAGCAUAAAAUUGAAGAAACAAAACAAACGAAAGACCAAAUGGACCUCAUGAAAGCAGAGAUCCAGAGAGAAAAGGACGAACUGGAAAGCCAAAGGGAGAAGAACAGGGUGGAAAAAGAACAUUAUGAGUCAAUACAGUCUGAAAUCGUGCAGCUAAAGAAUGAAAUGGAGAGAAAAUGGUCUGAGACAGAGCAGGAAGAAGUGGAACAGAGAACAAGGAUCCAACAAGAACAAGAAAAUCUGGAACAACUGAAGGAGGAGAUUCAAAAGGCAAAAGCAGAUGUUGAAAUGAACAGAGAAGAAAUAAGACAAGAAAAGGAGUUGAUUGAACAAAUAAAAGCUUUAUUAAAAGGGGAGAAAGAAUCUAUUAAGAAAAAAGAAGAUGAGGUCAAGAGAAAGGAAGAAGGGUUCAAGCAAGAAUUUGAAGCAGAGAAAGAAGAUAUCCAAAGCAGAGAGACCAAUGUACAAAAAGAGUGGAAUGAAAUCAGCCAAAUGAAAGAAAAACUAAAACAACAGAUUAAGGAGCUUGAGAAAAAGGUUACUGACGCAUCAAGGGCCCAUAGAGAGGCAGAAGAGAUAAAAGAAGCAAUACAUGAGACUGAGCGCACCAUGGAACAACAGAGAAUGGAGACUAUUAAAGGAAGAGAGGAGAUGGAGAAAAGGAGAUAUGAGAUGGUGAUGGAGGACUUGGAGAAACGGGCAGAGCUGCAAAAAGAGAGAGAGGAACUGGAAAACAUGAGGACUGAAGUACUGAGAUUACAACAGGACCAGGAGAGAGUGACAGAUGCUAAUGAACGAGAGAUCUUACAGAACAUGGUGCAAGAAAACAAUCAGGAGAAAGAAAUGAUGAUACAGUUGAGAGCUGCGAUGCAGAGGGACAGAGAUGAUCUAGAUAGGGUAAAGAGGGAGUCAGAGAGAGAACGAGAGGAGUUGGAGCAGGUACGUGAGGAGACCCGGAGACUCAAGGAGGAGCUGGAUAAGAGUAGGCAUGACUGCAAGAGAGAAGAAGUACAACAGAGGACACAACAGCAGAAAGAGAGAGAGGAGAUAGAAAGAGUCAAAAAUACAAUGGUGAGAGAGAGACAAAUGAUUGAGCAUGCAAGAGAGGCAGUAGCACUAGAGAUGGAACAAAAAAGGACAGAACUGGAGAAACAGACAGAGGAUGUGAACAGAAGGAUGAGAGAAACAAGGCAGGAAGAGGAAAGAAUGCAGCAGAUGAGAGCUGAACUUGAGAGUCAAAGAGAGAAGCUGGAAAGAAUGAGAGAGAAGACGCAUAAAGCGAAAGAGCCAUAUGAGCAGGUAAAAAAAGAGAUAGACAGAGUCAAAGCAGAGAUUGAGAGAAUGUGGGAUGAGUCUGAGAGAGAGGAAAGGGAAGAGAGAGAGAAGUUACAGGUAGAGAGAGAGGAGGUGAACAAAAGAGUGAAAGAGAUAAAGAGCCAAAUGCACCAGAUCCAGGAGAUGAAGGAUUACUUAAAGGUGCAGAACGAGGAGACUGAAGCCAACAUGGAGAGAAUCCAAAAAGAGAUGGAGCAACUGGAGAGGAUGAAAGCUGACAUACAGAGACAGAAAGAGGAGGUGGAUAGUAAAAUGACAGAGACAAAAAUGGAGAAGCAGGAACUUGAGAAGAUGCGCUCAGACAUCCUGAAACAGAAAGAUGAAGUGGAGAUUAAGAUGCAACAAGCCCAAAUGGAGAUGGAGAAAAUGAGGAGACAGCGGGAUGAGAUCCAGAGGCAGAGAGAGGAGCUGGAGGAGCGGAUGCAGAAGACUAGACGAGAUAUGGCAGAAAUGGAGUACAUGAGAGCUGAGAUGGAGAGAAAGAGGAAGGAGCUAGAGCAGAGACUGAGGAAGACUAGGAGAAAGAAAGAGGAGAUGGAACAGAUAAAAGUGGAGAUAGAGAAAGCGAAGGAUGAGUUUCAGUUAAAAAAGGAAGAGACAGAAAAAGAGAAACGAGAGAUGGAGGGGUUCAUAGCUGAACUGCAAAGGGCCAGAGAGGAAUUUGACAACAAGGCAGAGUUGAGUGAUAAAGACCAAGAGGAACAGGAUGAAAUAAACACAGAAAUCCUAAGACUGAUUCAGGAGAUGGAGAGAACCAGAGAAAUGGUGCGGAGAACAAAAAUGGACAUGCAGAGCAGAAUGGAAGUGUGUCAUAUGGACAUCACUGACAGAGAGCUUAUGAACACUGAGCUACAAAGACUUAUUCAAGAGAUAGAGCACAUCCGAGAACUGCUGAAAAAAAUGAAACUAGAAAUUGAACAAAGUAAAUAUGACACUAAGACAGGGAGGGAUGAGCUGAGAAUGAUUAAGCUAGAGAUACAAAGAAAGAGAAGAGACCUGGACCAGAGGCUUGAGAGGACCUUGAGAGAGAGAGACGACCUAGACAUUUUGAAAUUGAAGAUAGUACAACAGCGAGAUGAGGUGGAAGAACGGCUGAGGGACUGUGAGAUUGAGACAGAGAAGGUAGAGGCCAGGAGAGAGGACAUGGUACGAGACUCAGAAGCUAUACGAUAUGCCCAAGAAGAGAUUGAGAAAGUAAAAGCAAAGCUGCAGCUGGACUUAGAUGACCUAAACAAAGAAAAGGAAAUUGUGGGGGAAAUGAAGGCUGAGAUUAUGCAACUCAGACGAGGAACUGAACAGGACAUGACAGAUGAGUCAGGCAUGGACGACUCUGGGAUGGGAGAUGAGCUGGACAAACAUGAGGUCUCAAUCAGUAUGUCUGAGAUAGAGGAACAGCGCAAAGACAUAGAGCUACAGAAAGAAAUACUUCAAAGACAAAGAUGUGAAUUAGAGGAAAGAAACGUUGAAAUAGACAGAGAAAAAGACAAGAUACUGAGCAUGAAGGACAAGAUCAAGGAUGAAGAAAUCAGGAUGGAAACAAUCACGGAACAGCUCAAAAAAGAGAGGGAAACAAUUGACAGUAUGAAUAUCAACUCUUUCAGAAUGAAAAAAGAGCUUGAACUGAUGCAUGCUGAGAUACAAAGAAAACAGGAAGACAUUCAACACAGCCAAGCUCUACUUCAUAAAGACAAUAAAGUUCUGAGGGAAAAUAAACUAGAACUACAAAAAGAAAAAGAAGAAAGUGAGAGAGAUGCCAAAAAGAUAAAAGAAGAUCUAGAUAUACUUAAGAUUGAGAUAAAGAGACAAAGAGAAGAAAUUCAAAAUGACAGGGAAAAGCUUGAAAAACAGAAGAGUGAACUACUGAAUGAAAAUGUAGAGAUACAAAAUAAAACUACAAAUGUUGAAAACCUUGCAAAUGAGGUAAAGAGAGAAAAGAAGGCAAUAGAGGAAAAAGCAAAACAACUUAAAAAACAAAAGGAAGAGUUUGAUGAAGAAAUGAAAAAACAGACUAAAGAAUUUGAAGACAGCAAAAAUGAACUUGAACAGAAAUGGAAAGAUUUGGAAAAUGUAAAAGAAUUUUUGCAAGCUGAAAUACAGCAACAAAGACGGGAGGCUCAGAAACUCUUGGAGGAUGCAAUAAAAGCAGACAAACAAAAGACUGAACAAAUUCAGAAAGAAAUGGAGGAACUAAAAAACAAAAUGGCAGACAUGGAAAAAAAUAUGGGUGAUGUCCAGAGAGAGAAAAUGGAGGUUAAGACCAAACAUAAUGAAAUUGAGGUGAGAAUGGAAAAAGUGAAAAUGGAUAUACAGACACUGGAGGAAAAAGAAAGCAACAUAAAAAGACAGAAAGAGGAGAUAGAGAGAAGAAUGGCUGCGACAAAGAAGGAAAGACAACAUGUAGAGAAACUGAAAAAUGACUUGUCAGGACAAAGAGAAGAAACAGAAGCAAAAUUAAAACUCUUGAAAAGUGAAAUGGAAAAACUGAGGAGCAUCAAAAACAACAUCCAGAAAGAGAGAGAAGAAGCAGAUGGCAAGUUACAGAAAAUUAAGCGAGAGAUAGGACAGAUGGAACUUUAUAAAGCUGAGCUGGAGGCCAAGAAAAAAGAACUGGAACACACCAUCAGAAGAAACACCAGGAAACUAAAUGAGAUGGAACAAUCCAAGACGAAAAUACAAAAGGCUAAAGAAGAGCUGGACACAGUUAUGGAAAGGAUACAACGAGGAAAGGAAGAACUAAAAGAGAUGAAAUCUAUUUUAGAAAGUCAGUUUGAGAGUGAUAGAAACGAGCUUCAAAGAGUGGAGAGGGAGCUUCAUCAGACAAUCAAAUCAUUUGAAAUUGAGUGUGACAAACUGAGAGAAAACAGAAAUGCACUUAAAUUGCAAAUUCAAACUCUAGAGGAAACAAGAGAAGAUAUAGAGAAGGAAAGAGGUAAAAUGGCAGAUGAGUUUCAGGAACAGAGAGAUAUCCUUAACACAGAGAGGCAAAUGCUGGAUAAAGUCAAAGAAGAGAUACAAAAACAAAGAGAAGAAAUAGACAUGAGAAGACUGGAGACAGAGCAACUUCAGGCAGAGAUAGAAACAAUGAAAAAAGAAGGGGAAGAUGCUUUCCAUUGCAAAAUUAGGGAAGCCUCUGUUGAGAGUGAACAACUUGCCAAAGCAAAGGAAGAACUCAACACAAAAAUAGAAGAAAUGAAUAGAGAAAUGGACACUCUUCAGAGCCUGAAGGAUGAGUUGAAAAGGAAAAGAGAAGAAAUUGACGGCAAAAUGGAAAACACAAAGAUGGAGGUUGAACAACUGGAGAGAUUGAAGUCAGAUAUUCAAAGACAGAAAGAAGAGUUUGAAAAGAUAAUGUAUGAAACAAAGGCAGAGAAGGAAGAACUGGAGAAGGUCAAAUCUGACAUCUGGAAACAAAAACAGGACACUGAGACAAAGCUGGUGAUGCUGAAGGAAGAGAUGAAGGAAAUGGCAACUAUAAGGGAAGACAUACAGAAGCAGAAGGAGGAACUGGACGACAAGAUGCAGAGGAUGAAACGGGAGAUGGAAGAGAUGGAACUCACUAAAGCUGAGCUGGAGGCCAAGAGAAGAGAGCUGGAGCAAACCAUCAGAAGAAACACCAGGAAACUUAAUGAGAUGGAACAAUCAAAGACUGACAUACAACAGGCUAAAGAGGAGAUGGAUAAAGUAAUGCAGAAAAUUGCUCUCGAGAAGGAAGAACUCAAUGAAAUGAAAGAAAUUUUACAGAGCCAGAUUGAGAAUGAUAGAAACGAGCUACAAAGGGUGGAGAAGGAGCUCCAUCAGAGAAUCAACUCAUUUGAAAUUGAGCGUGGUCAACUGAGAGUUACCGAAGAUGCACUUCAAAUCCAAACACAAAUUCUGGACAAAGCUAGUCAAGAUAUAGAGAAGGAAAGACGUAAAAUGGCAGAUGAGUUUCAGGAACAGAGAGAUAUCCUCAAGACAGAGAGGCAAAUGCUGGACAAAACCAAAGAAGAGAUACAAAAACAAAGAGAUGAAAUAGAUCUGAGAAGACUGGAGACAGAGCAACUUCAGGCAGAGGUAGAAACGUUGAAAAAAGAAGGGGAAGAUGCUCUCCAUGAAAGAAUUAGGGAAGCCUCUGUUGAGAGUAAACAACUUGCCAAAGCAAAGGAAGAACUCAACACAAAACUGGAAGAAAUGAAGAGAGAAAUGGACACUCUUCAGAGCCUGAAGGAUGAGUUGAAAAGGGAAAGAGAAGAAAUUGACGACAAAAUGGAAAACACAAAGAUGGAGAUUGAACAACUGGAGAGAUUGAAGUCAGAUAUUCAAAGACAGAAAGAAGAGUUUGAAAAGACAAUGUAUGAAACAAAGGCAGAGAAGGAAGAACUGGAGAAGGUCAAAUCUGAUAUCUGGAAACAAAAAGAGGACACUGAGGCAAAGCUAGUGAUGCUGAAGGAAGAGAUGAAGGAAAUGGCAACUAUAAGGGAAGACAUACAGAAGCAGAAGGAGGAACUGGACGACAAGAUGCAGAGGAUGAAACGGGAGAUGGGAGAGAUGGAACUCACUAAAGCUGAGCUGGAGGCCAAGAGAAAAGAGCUGGAACACACCAUCAGAAGAAACACCAGGAAGCUUAAUGAGAUGGAACAAUCAAAGACUGACAUACAACAGGCUAAAGAGGAGAUGGACAAAGCAAUGCAGACAAUUGCUCUCGAGAAGGAAGAACUCAAUGAAACGAAAGCAAUUUUACAGAGCCAGAUUGAGAAUGAUAGAAACGAGCUUCAAAGGGUUGAGAAGGAGCUUCAUCAGAGAAUCAACACAUUUGAAAUUGAGCGUGGUCAACUGAGAGAAACCGAAGAUGCAAUUCAAAUCCAAACACAAAUUAUGGACAAAGCUAGAGAAGGUAUAGAGAAGGAAAGAGGCAAAAUGGCAGAUGAGUUUCAGGAACAGAGAGAUAUCCUUAAAACAGAGAUGCAAAUGCUGGACAAAAACAAAGAAGGUAUACAAAAACAAAGAGAAGAACUUGAACAGGAGAGAAAAGAAUUAGACCUAAGAAGAGUGGAGAUAGAGCAACUUCAGGCAGAUGUAAAAAAGAUGAAAAAAGAAGGACAAGACGCUAUCCAAGGCAGAAUUAGGGAAGCCUCUGUUGAGAGUGAACAACUUGCCAAAGCAAAGGAAGAACUCAACACAAAAAUGGAAGAAAUGAAGAGAGAAAUGGACACUCUUCAGAGCCUGAAGGAUGAGUUGAAAAAGGAAAGAGAAGAAAUUGACGGCAAAAUGGAAAACACAAAGACGAAGAUUGACCAUCUGGAGAGAUUAAAGUCUGAUAUUCAAAGACAGAAAGAAGAGUUUGAAAAGACAAUGUAUGAAACAAAGGCAGAGAAGGAAGAACUGGAGAAGGUAAAAUCUGACAUCUGGAAACAAAAAGAGGACACUGAGACAAAGCUGGUGAUGCUGAAGGAAGAGAUGAAGGAAAUGGCAACUAUGAGGGAAGACAUACAGAAGCAGAAGGAGGAACUAGACGACAAGAUGCAGAAGAUGAAACGGGAGAUGGAAGAGAUGGAACUCACUAAAGCUGAGCUGGAGGCCAAGAGAAAAGAGCUGGAACACACCAUCAGAAGAAACACCAGGAAACUUAAUGAGAUGGAACAAUCAAAGACUGACAUACAACAGGCUAAAGAGGAGAUGGAUAAAGCAAUGCAGACAAUUGCUCUCGAGAAGGAAGAACUCAAUGAAACGAAAGCAAUUUUACAGAGCCAGAUUGAGAAUGAUAGAAACGAGCUUCAAAGGGUUGAGAAGGAGCUUCAUCAGAGAAUCAACACAUUUGAAAUUGAGCGUGGUCAACUGAGAGAAACCGAAGAUGCAAUUCAAAUCCAAACACAAAUUCUGGACAAAGCUAGAGAAAGGUAUAGAGAAGGAAAGAGGCAAAAUGGCAGAUGAGUUUCAGGAACAGAGAGAUAUCCUUAAAACAGAGAUGCAAAUGCUGGACAAAAACAAAGAAGGUAUACAAAAACAAAGAGAAGAACUUGAACAGGAGAGAAAAGAAUUAGACCUAAGAAGAGUGGAGAUAGAGCAACUUCAGGCAGAUGUAAAAAAGAU